CUGGAAUGUAUUCUUUACGGAUGCUUCCAAAUUGUCCCGAAACGGAUGCACGGGAGUGGCGGCGUAUUACCAAAAUUCAAGAAUCGCGCUGCUCUCUAAAUGUCCUCCCCAGGCCUCUGUGUUCACUGGGGAAUGUGUUGGCAUCUUAGAAGCGAUACAAUUUAUUAAAGCUCACAACCUUAACAAUUCUGUAAUUUUCUCAGAUUCUCGAAGCAGCUUACAGUCUCUGAGCCAAGACCAACUCCAUUCUCGAACAAAUAAUAGUUUAGUUAUAGAAAUAAAAUCUUUGCUUUUUUCUUGCCACAUAGAUGGAUUAAACGUUGAGAUCGCCUGGGUUCCUGGCCACGCUGGUAUAUGCGGUAACGAGUGCGCGGAUACAUUGGCAAAGUUUGCAGCUACAAACGAUGUCGAGCGACGUCACUACAUUGUGUAUGGAUAUGACUUACGUUCUGACACCAAACACAAGUUGUUCAGCGAGUGGGAUGCAGUGUGGGCAGAGUCCUCCAAACGGAAGGGUACCUAUUACGCAAAUAUCCAGUCCGGCAUCCGGCGGAAGCCUUGGUUUUGCAGAUACCCUAGGUUUUCCCGACAAACUGUUGCGUCCUUAUGCAGACUUAGACUCGGACACUGCUGUAGUCCGGUAUUCCUCAACAAGAUCCGUGUUCGUGACAGCUCGCUGUGCGAAUGCGGUCUUGAUGAGGGGACCUUAGAUCACAUAUUCUUUUCCUGUUCCCUAAAUUCUCAGUCCUUCGACCUGUAUCAAAAGCUUCCCAGCCUCCAAAUCCCUCUCCCAAUUAAUUUCCACUCCCUACUAACCUUUUUUUCAAAUAAGUUGAUAAAAUACCUUUCCCAAUUUGUCUCCCAAAAUAAUAUCAAAAUAUGAUGGUGUGUGAUAUAAAUUAUAAUGUAUAUACCUAUCUCCUUGUCUAUUGUAUACUCUCUCUCUAUGACUGUCUAUGUUUAAUUAAAAUUCGUAUAAAUUAAUUGUAUAUUUAUCUAUGUUAAAUGUUUACUAACCCAAGUGUGUUGUCUUUCUAGCUACUAACAAUAAACUACCGCAAAGUCAAUGUUCGACGGGUCUUAAAACUGCCGUCACCCGUCACAACUCGACACUGGCAGAAUAGUCGACAACAUUGGAGACUCAGUUGCCAUUAAGGAGAAAAAAAAAAAAAAAAAAAAACGUCAAUGUCAUAUGUCAGCUAAGGGAACUAUGAUUGAGUUACCUCGGAUCACAAGAGCUCUUCGUGCACACACUCAACUCGACAAGCCACGAUGUUUGAAGCCGAAAGUAGACCCUACCAAACCUCUACAACUAAAGAAAAAGAAUUUACAAAGGUUCAAAUCCUACACAGACAUUUACAACUAUGUCAAACAAAACGAGCCGGAUUCAGCAGAUAUAUUAAAACUCUUUCCUCAAUUAAAAGAAGCAUGCAAGCUUCUCACGGGUGACCAGUCAGAUGAAAUCAUAGAAGAUGCUGCAGUUCUUACCUUGAGAAUGUUUUUGGAUCAGGAUAUUGUGAUGUUGAAACAUAUGUCACAGCUUAGGCAAACAUUUGGCACUGUUUUAUCUGCAACGGCUAAUAAGAUUUGUGAGAUUGUAACAAAAAUAUCAGAACAACUAUCUGACAACACAAAAGAUUACAUUAGAACUGAAGAAGCGGAAUCAAAUAAAGAAAACAUCAAACUAUGGGGAGAUCACAUUCAGUGCCAUUACAUACCUUAUAAACCAGUGAAGAAACCUCUUGCUAAGUUGACUAGUAAACCUGCUACUGCCAGUGCCUUUGUCACGGACUUUUCUAUGAAAUAUGAUAGUGACCGUGCGGCUAAAGCUACUGCAGGACCUUCUAAAGUGACUGCACCUAUACCUGAGUCUAAAUAUGGAAAAACUUGGCUAGAAACUAAAGUGAAAGAACAAUAUGAAAACGUAGCUGAGAUCUCAAGCGUGGACAUUCUUCAGUCCAUUAUCACAUUACUGAACUCUCCCCGGACUAAUGAUGAAAUGCAGAAUGAUCUCUUCGAGUUACUCGGCUUUGAUAAGUUCGAGUUUAUACAGGAGAUACUGGAACAUAGGCAGGAUAUUAUCAAUAGUUUGAAGGCACCUCCAGCUGGACCUACCCUGUCUGAAAUUGCAGCAUUACUCCCUGAAAAUAAAAUGCCUCAGUAUCUAUGCCAAGUGUCAGUGUUGUCUGAACAAGAGAAGAUGUUAGCCAAGUUAGUAAGGAAAGAAGAAAAGAAAGCAAAGAACAGAAGAGUUGAGGAUGAUGAUGAUGAGGAACAGGAAAUUAAUAUAUCACAGAUGAGGGCUAAAAGGCUAGCCGAGUUAUCGAAACCAGUAGUACCAUUUUCAACAUCAUCAAGGUCAAGCAAUGUGGACCCCAUACUACAGAAAAUAUCGUAUUUCCAAACUAAAGUGCAGUACCCAAAUGUGUAUGACUCGUCUAUUAAUGCAAAAAAUUCAGCUGGGUUCGUAUCGGGCCUCAAACUGAUAUUACCAGAGAAUGCAGUGAGAAAAGACACAAAAGAAUUCGAGGAAGUAACAAUACCUAAGAACGACCCGCCUCCCCUUACUGUUGGAAACCAGCGCGUGCCUAUUGCUGAAUUGGAUGAGAUUGGUCAAAUGGCCUUCGAGAAUAUAAAAGAGUUGAACAGGAUUCAGUCAGUGGUAUUCCAAACGGCUUACAAUACGAAUGAGAACUUAUUAAUCUGUGCCCCCACUGGGGCGGGUAAGACGAACAUAGCUCUACUGACUGUGGUACAUCAAAUCAAGCAACAUAUUGAGAACAAUGUUAUUAUGAAGAAUAAGUUUAAGAUUAUCUACAUAGCUCCAAUGAAAGCUUUGGCAUCAGAAAUGACGGCGUCCUUCGGGCGGCGUCUUAAGGGACUAGGUAUAUCAGUGAGGGAACUGACAGGAGAUAUGAAACUGACCAAAACGGAAGUACAACAGACACAGAUGAUUGUUACAACGCCUGAGAAAUGGGAUGUUGUUACUAGGAAGGGAGCCACUGACACGGAACUAGCAUCUAUAGUGAAACUGCUAAUUAUCGACGAAGUUCACUUGUUGCAUGGCGACAGAGGGCCAAUUGUCGAGGCGAUUGUCGCACGAACAUUGCGACAAGUCGAGUCAACGCAGAACAUGAUCCGAAUAGUCGGUCUCUCAGCUACACUGCCUAACUAUGUUGAUGUGGCUAGGUUUCUACGAGUGAAUCCUAACAUUGGUCUAUUUUACUUCGACUCUCGGUUCCGUCCCGUGCCUUUAGAACAACAGUUUAUUGGCGUUAAAGAAACUGGCAGCGGUGGAGGGGCACAUCUUAGAACGAUGCAAACAAUGAACGAGAUAUGCUACGACAAGGCUGUCGAAAUGGUUCAAAAAGGCCACCAAGUGAUGGUAUUCGUGCACGCACGUAACGCCACACAUCAAACGGCUAUGAUACUUAAAGAAAUUGCUCAAAAGAAAGGCCACUUGAAACAUUUCGAGCCUGAGGAUUCGGGCGCUUUCCUUAAAGCUAAGAAGUCUAUAAGUAGCAGCCCUAAUAAGCAGCUUGGUGAAUUGUUCGCGAGUGGAUUUGCCUGUCAUCACGCUGGUAUGCUGAGGAGUGAUCGAAAUAUGGUUGAAAAAUACUUUGCGGAAGGGUUUAUAAAAGUCUUAGUUUGUACCUCUACGCUGGCGUGGGGUGUCAACUUACCAGCUCAUGCUGUUAUUAUAAGAGGUACAGAAAUCUACGACCAAAGUCACGGUACGUUCGUAGAUCUUAGUAUACUGGAUGUGCUACAAAUAUUCGGUCGAGCGGGUCGACCGCAGUUCGAUACGUCUGGAACUGGCAUCAUUAUAACUACACACGACAAACUCACACAUUACCUGAAGUCCAUGACGAAUCAGUUCCCUAUUGAGAGUAACUUCAUCAAUCUCCUGGCUGAUAAUUUGAAUGCUGAGGUUGCUCUGGGUACAGUAACAAACAUAGAUGAAGCUGUGGAAUGGCUCAGUUACACGUAUCUUUUCGUCAGAAUGAGGAUCAAUCCCCAGGUAUACGGUCUAACCUACACAGACGUGCAAGAUGAACCUAUGCUAGAGACAAAACGUCGCGAGCUCAUCACUGCCGCUGCCAUGCAGUUAGACAAUACCCAUAUGAUUAGAUUCAAUGAACGGACUGGACAGCUUAAUAUUACUGACUUGGGUCGCACAGCUAGUCACUACUACAUAACGUGUGAGACAAUGGAGGUGUUUAACUCGAUGGUACGCAAGUCUAUGACGCAGGGAUACGUGUUGGAAAUGCUAACCAGGUGCUCAGACUUCCAACAGCUAAAAGUGAGAAAAGAAGAACUAACCGAGCUAUGGAACCUCAAGGACCAGUAUUGUGAGCUUCGUAUUGAAGACGCGCCCGAAGAUAUACAUUGGAAGAUUAAUAUACUACUGCAGACUUAUCUGUCUAGGGGACGCGUCAAUGGAUCGUCACUGCAGUCUGAUCUGAAUUACAUUAGCCAGAAUGCCGUCCGUAUAGUCCGAGCGCUCUUCGAAAUAACCCUGCGCAAGAACAAUGCGUAUAUGGCAGGCCUAUAUCUUAAAAUGGCGAAAAUGUUGGAGCUUCAACAAUGGGACUUCUACAGUGACAUGCGACAGUUCAACUGUUUCACUAUCGAGACGUUGAAACACAUCGAGUAUCCAAUGUUGAAACCUGACCAGAUUCGAGAUAUGGAUUGGAAGGAAGUUGGCGAUUUGAUACGCAACCCUAAAAACGCCCGUCACCUAAAGAAGUGUGCUGAUGAGUUUCCGCUGUUGGAAAUGGAGGCCAGCCUACACCCGAUCACACGAACUGUGUUGAGGAUACGGCUGUCUAUUACACCUAACUUUAAAUGGAAUGACAAAUACCACGGUAAAGCGCCCGAAGCAUUCUGGAUCUGGGUUGAGGACCCCGAGACCGAUAUAAUGUACUACCACGAAUAUUUCCUCAUUACUAAGAAACAGGUGGUAACAAACGAACCACAGGAAUUGAUAAUCACGAUACCGAUCAGUGAGCCUCUUCCCCCACAAUACUACAUCCGAGCGACUUCAGAAAGGUGGUUAGGAUCCGAAAGCGUUUUACCACUCACAUUCCAGCAUUUGAUCUUGCCUGAAACUCAUCCGCCUCACACAGACCUCCUAGAACUGCAACCGCUACCAGUGACGGCUUUAAACAAUCCAAACUACGAAAUGCUUUACAACUUCAGCCACUUCAACCCAAUACAGACGCAAAUAUUCCACUGCUUGUAUCACACCGACCAUAAUGUACUGCUGGGCGCGCCCACUGGGUCGGGCAAGACGAUUGUCGCUGAAGUAGCCAUGUUUAGAGUGUUUAAUCAGUAUCCUAAUUGUAAGGUGGUUUACAUAGCACCCCUUAAAGCUCUUGUGAAGGAAAGAAUAAAGGAUUGGAAAGUACGGCUGCAGGAAAGGCUCGGAAAGCAGGUCGUUGAGUUGACAGGUGACGUAUCCCCCGACAUUCGAGCGAUCCGUAACUCCCACGUGAUUGUAACGACUCCUGAGAAAUGGGACGGUAUCAGUCGAUCCUGGCAAACCAGAAACUAUGUUAGAGACGUUGCACUCAUAGUUAUUGAUGAAAUACAUCUACUGGGUGAGGAUAGAGGACCCGUUUUAGAAGUUAUCGUGUCCAGAACAAAUUUCAUAGAGUCUCACACGUCUCGGCGAUUGCGUAUCAUCGGUCUGUCCACUGCUUUAGCCAACGCCAAGGAUCUUGCGAACUGGCUCAAUAUAGGAGAAAUGGGAUUGUACAACUUUAGACCUUCAGUACGACCUGUGCCUUUGGAGGUACACAUAUCAGGUCACCCUGGCCGACACUACUGUCCGCGUAUGAUGACUAUGAACAAACCAACGUUCCAAGCCAUACGCACUCACUCUCCUUGCGCACCUGCGCUGGUUUUCGUGUCUAGUAGGCGACAGACUAGAUUAACGGCUCUAGAUCUAAUCGCAUACUUAGCUGCGGAAGACAAUCCGAAACAAUGGCUACACAUGCAAGAAUCGGAGAUGGAACAAAUUUUAGCCAACAUUCGAGAAUCGAACCUAAAACUUACACUAGCAUUCGGAAUCGGUAUACAUCAUGCUGGUCUCCAUGAAAGAGAUAGGACUACUGUUGAGGAGUUAUUUAUUAAUCAAAAAAUUCAGGUACUAAUCUGCACUGCCACACUAGCGUGGGGCGUGAACUUCCCCGCUCACCUGGUGGUUAUCAAGGGCACAGAGUACUAUGACGGUAAACAGAAGAGAUACGUCGACAUGCCCAUCACUGAUGUCCUACAAAUGAUGGGCAGAGCUGGACGUCCACAGUAUGACAACGAAGGAGUAGCCGUAGUGUUAGUUCACGAUCAGAAGAAGAACUUCUACAAGAAGUUCCUUUACGAACCUUUCCCAGUGGAGUCCAGCCUACUCGAAGUGUUACCUGACCAUCUUAAUGCUGAAAUCGUAGCUGGUACGGUACAAACAAAACAAGAUAUCCUAGACUACUUGACGUGGACAUAUUUCUUCCGUCGCCUACUCAAGAACCCGUCCUACUACAACUUGGAGAGCGUGGAACCUCAGGAUGUCAAUUAUUAUCUCUCUAACUUGGUGCAGAGCUCGUUGGACGCCCUGGCCAAUGCUAACUGCUUGGAAAUUGAAGAGGAUCUUCGCACAGUCCACUGCACAUGGAUGGGUCGUAUCGCCUCAUACUACUAUCUCUCCUACAAAACGAUGGCUCACUUUACACGCAACUUACACAACAAUAUGAAUAUUGAUGACUUGCUUCGAGUACUGGCGGACAGUGAGGAGUACGCCACACUACCAGUGAGACAUAACGAGGACCUUCUUAAUGGCGAACUCUCCCAACAAUGUCGGCUACCCGUUGACCCUCUAAGCCUUGAUUCUUCCAAUGUAAAGGCUUUCCUGCUACUACAAGCUCACAUGACAAGAUUAGUACUACCCAACACUGACUAUCUGACGGACACCAAGUCGGUUCUAGAUCAAACUAUAAGGAUUCUACAGGCAAUGAUAGACACAUCAGCGGAAAACGGCUGGCUCUCAGUCUGUCUAUCCUGUCAAAUGUUGAUGCAAGGAAUAGUCCAAGCAAGAUGGCCGACUGAAUCCCCUCUCCUAACCUUACCACACAUAGAUUCUCAACAUUUAUACAUAUUCUCUAAAAUGGCAAACGAUACACACAAGCCGUGUAAUAUGCUGAAUGGAUUAAAAGUUGUCUGUAUGAGAAACUAUGAGCUGCUUGCCAAGUACAUGAGGAGGGAGUUUGAAGAGAAUCAAAUUGAACAGAUACACAGGGCUAUAUGUGACAUGCCGACUUUGGACGUAAAACUUAGUGUCCGUGGUCUAUGGUUUGACGGAGAAGGAGAACAGGACAAAUUAGUACGCCAACCUCCCGGUAGAGACGAGUGGUUGCCCCUUCAUGCUGAUCAGGAAUACACACUUCUAAUAGACCUGAAUCGUCGCGGUGGUAAUCCAAACACGGUGCUUUGUCCCCGCUUCCCUCGAGGCAAGAAUGAGGGCUGGAUCCUCACACUGGGCACGGUGGAUGAUGGCGAGUUACACGCUUUGAAACGAGUACCACCUAAAGGAACGACGCAGGUUACUUUCUAUACACCUUCUAGAAAAGGUCGCAUAAUUUACACUCUCUUCGUGCUAAGCGACAGUUACAUGGGCCUCGAUCAACAAUACGACCUACAAAUAGAACUCAUCGACCCAUUGCCGUCUGAGAACAUCGACAGGGUCUACAAUAUAGACAAGACUAUUAUAGAAUAAAUCAAUUUCUUGAUUUUUUAUAUUUAUUAUAUUAUUAUACCUA